GCUCACCAUUUUCCUUCCGCUUUCGAGUUUUUCGGGUGUAGCUUUGUGUGCUCUUCUUUAUCUCGUCACGAUAUUCCUCCAGACUACCUGCGCUUAACCUCGACGUGAUUAAGUUACUGGAUUUGUGAUCGUUUCUCGCUCACUGCACAAUGGAUUGUGGAAAGUUGCAGCGCCGUCGCAUCAGCCUGGCAUCGCUGCAGGAAAUGUCGCGGGAGCAUGCGAUUAGGCUGAACGAGCGCUAUGACUGCGUGGACGUGUGGAGCGACGAGGGACCGCUGCAGUUCGGGCGGGUGGUGGACGCGGGCUCCGGCGGCCUGUUUGUCGAUUUGCUCUGCCCGGGGUGGCGCCGCCACUUCGUCCCCUUCGGGCGCGUCUUCUGGAUGCGGGGGAAUGGCAUCGUGCCAGACUGGAAGCGCGUCUACGGGAGGACGUUGUGGCCGGUGGAGGUGCUUUGGCGCUGCCAUCCCCACGAACCUUGGACCUGGCGGGGGGCGCAGCUGGUGGUGACGGCCAGGGACGACGACUAUCCACGAACGAGCGCCGGAUUAGUACGGCUGUGCGACGCGGCCGGCCGGGCGAGAGGGCCUUUGCAGGUCGUCCCCUGUCCCCGCAUCCGCGACGCUGGCUGGGAUGCGGUCCGCCGCAGCGGCAGCGGCAGCAGCGUUCUAGCGGCUGCUGCGAACGGACGACCCCCCGGGGAAGAGGAGUUGCGGCGCUAUUACGGGAGUGGUUACAGGGAUGGUUACGCCGAUCUCUUGGUCGGUCCGGAGUCGUUCGUCUUCGGCCGGCUGCAGUUGCCGGCGGCGUGUACCGCUGUAUCGGAGGAGACACAGCGCUGUUUGAUGGAGGCCUGGCUGAGCCGUUCCCAGCUGUGCUUAUAACGUGACAUUGUGUGCAGCAGAAGUUGGUUUCUCGCUGAAUCAGGUUCAACAGUCUGGGUCCCGGUGACGAUCCGCGGCGCUGGGAGACGCUGGACCUGCGCCAGCUGGAUGUGGCCACGCUGAACAAGCUGACCUUCGCCGCGCUGAACGGAUGCUACCAGGUCGCCGGCGGAAGAGGAAGAGGAGGACGACGACGACAACGAUGAGAAAACAACGGCAGCGCAGAGCGAGAUCAAGGCGGAUAGUGUCAGUCAGUGUGUUGGUGUUGUCCGUGGCUGGUUUUAUCUGACAGUUGGUGCACGAGUUUGUCCUCACCCGCCCUAAUCAUGCACUGCGCCGGUCUUCGCUGAGUUUGAUGUUGAUUUUGGACCGCAGUUUCGUUUCAUUUGCACCUCGUGUACUGCACUGGUCAGUUGCUAGUAUGGUAUAAGUUUUCUUUGACUUGGAGUUUUUAUUAAA